AAACCAAGUGUAAUUUACACAGUCAGUGCAUUAAAAAAAUUAAAAGUGAGUAAAAUGGGGGUGUGGCAUUCCACUUGAACAGUAUGUCAACAAUUUCAACUGAAAAGAUUUGAAUGUUUAGUAGUAAGAUUCAACUAAACAAAUGAUGUCAAAUGGAUCUAUGAAUAAUUUUCAAUUUUCAUCUCUGUCCUUUGUUUCUUUCAUCCCCACAAGAAAAGAAAAGAGCUUUUCUCUUUCACAGUCUCUCUCUUGCUUUAGCUUUAGCUCUUUUCUUGAUCAAUCUCUAGUGUUGUACUUGUACUAUUUGUUUUUUCUUUUUACUUUGAUCAGUUUUAACAAUCUUUAAAACCCUUUUUUUAAAAAUGAUUAUUUCAUUCCAAGAAUAUAAAAAAAUCUGAGAAAUUUUGUGGUUUUAUUAGUACUUGUUCCCCACCUAACUUGGACAGGUUUCUUGAUGAUACCAUUUUUGGGGUCUUUUAUUUUCAUAAGCUUAAGAUACUUGUAUUUUUGUAGUCCUUGAAACAUAUAAUCAUGCUCUUUCUGAACACAUUGUACUAAAAAUAGUACAAUUUUCAUUCAAAUUCUUUUUUUCUUGGUUGAUAGACCAAUGAAUGGUUCUGUAGUUUGAUCCUCUCUUCAUUUUUCUUGAGGAGGGAAAUGGGGUUGCUGCAGAGUUUCAUGUUGUUGAGGUUCUUGGUGAUUCUAAGUGUUCUUUCAAUCCAAUUAUCUGCAGGAUUCAACCUACAUUCACUGAAAACAGCAGCUUCUGCAUUUCUCAAGGACGGACGAAUUGAUCUUAGUGUACAGAGAAAUGCAGGAUCACGUAAAUCCCUCCUACAAGAAGAUUUGUUCCCCACUCCAACUUCUAGAUGGAAGAGACAUGAAACGUUUGCUGCUGUGCCCCAUCUCGCGGCAUUUCACAGUGCUCCACACCCAUAUCAUUAUCCAACUAAAGCUACUUAUCAGCACAAGAUCUUGGAACCAUCAAAUUACGCGGAUGCACCUUUAACUUCAACCCAUUUUAGGAAUUCUGGUGGAAAGCAAGUACACAAUUCUGCAUCUGCGCCUAUAAUCUCCUCUAUUAGGCAUCAUCACAGGAGAAACAAACACAGUGACUCUACGGCUAAACCAAAUGAUCACCUCCAUCCACCCAGUUCAAGGUGGUCAGGUCCUUCAAUCUCUCCGUUCGUGUCUCCUGUUCCUUCUUCAAUAAGUUGGGCACCUGUAUCAUCACCGAUAACCCAACCUAGUCACACAGGAAUUCCCAUGAGUACACCUACAAUAUCGCCAACGAGUUCAUCUAUAAAACGAAAGAAACUGAGACCACCACCUUUACCUGUUAUGACACUGCCACCACCACCUCCGAAUCAUGAUUGUAGUUCUUUGACAUGCACUGAGCCGUUGACGUACACACCUCCUGGGUCACCCUGCGGCUGUGUGUGGCCCAUUCAGGUAGCGAUGCGCCUCAAUGUCACACUCUAUACCUUCUUUCCUUUGGUAUCUGAGCUAGCCAAGGAAAUUGCUGCUGGUGUUUUGCUAAACAUGAGUCAAGUGCGGAUUAUGGGAGCAAAUGCAGCCGACCAACAGCUUGAGAAAACAAUUGUACAUAUCAACUUGGUUCCUACAGAUGGAAAAUUUGAUGGUACCACAGCUUUUACCAUCUAUCAGAAGUUCUGGAAGAGGGCAGUAUUCAUUAAGACUACGGAUUUUGGUGCCUAUGAGAUGGUUUAUGUCCAUUAUCCAGGGUUACCACCUUCUCCACCUUCACGUCAUUCGAGCAGUGCUACUAUUGAUGAUCUACCAGCCUAUCCUGGCAAUGAAAAUAAUGGAAUGACAAUCAAACCUCUGGGGGUAGAUGUAUCAUCAAGAAUGAGAAAGAAGGGUAUAGCUAGAAAUAUGAUUAUUGUGAUCGUUAUAUCAUCUAUCACAGCCUUUGUUGUGUGCAUGGGAUUAAUUUGGCUUCUGUUGUUUAAGCGAGGAUGUUAUGCUCAAUCACCUGAGCAACCUCCGCAUAUUUUAGUCUCCUCCCAGGAGAAAACAUCAGGUGAUGCUGGAUCUAUGAUUUUGGCAAGUAAGCCCAGCUCAAAAUCCAUGUCCUUCAGUUCUAGUAUUUUAGCUUACACAGGAACUGCAAAAAUUUUCAGUACAAACGAUAUAGAGAGAGCCACUAACAACUUUGACAUUUCAAGGGUCCUUGGGGAAGGUGGUUUUGGACUUGUGUACAGUGGAACCCUUGAUGAUGGAAGGAAAGUAGCAGUUAAGGUUCUAAAGAGAGAUGAUCGGCAGGGAGGCCGUGAGUUUUUGGCGGAAGUUGAGAUGCUUAGUAGGCUGCAUCACAGAAACUUGGUCAAAUUGAUAGGUAUUUGCACCGAGGAAAACUGUCGCUGCCUGGUCUAUGAACUUGUUCCUAAUGGGAGUGUAGAAUCACACUUACAUGGAAUUGAUAAAGAAGCUUCUCCUCUUGACUGGUAUGCAAGAAUGAAGAUUGCAUUAGGUGCAGCUCGAGGAUUGGCCUAUCUGCAUGAGGACUCGAGCCCUCGUGUAAUACACAGGGACUUCAAGUCUAGUAACAUCUUGCUGGAACAUGAUUUUACACCAAAAGUUUCAGACUUUGGCUUGGCUAGAACAGCACUGGAGGAGGGAAACAGACACAUCUCCACUCAUGUGAUGGGCACUUUUGGCUACCUAGCUCCAGAAUAUGCAAUGACUGGCCAUCUCCUGGUGAAAAGUGAUGUUUAUAGCUAUGGUGUAGUUCUCCUUGAGCUCUUGAGCGGACGAAAACCUGUGGAUUUAUCACAACCUCAAGGUCAAGAAAAUCUUGUAGCCUGGGCUCGUCCGCUCCUGACAACCAAGGAAGGUUUAGAAAUAAUAAUAGAUAAAGCUAUAGAGUCUGAUAUCCCAAUUGAUAGUAUCAGUAAAGUUGCAGCAAUAGCAUCAAUGUGUGUACAGCCAGAAGUAUCGCAUCGCCCUUUCAUGGGAGAAGUGGUUCAAGCCUUGAAAUUAGUAUGUGAUGAAUUUGAUGAUACACGAGGGCCUAUGUCACGAAGUUGCAGCCACGAGGACCUUUCUAUGACAGAUACUUCACUAGUCCAUAAAUCAAUUCCAGGUUUUGAUUCUCCUUUAAAUGUCCAAAUGGGAUUAUCAGCUUCAGAGUUAAAGAGUGCAUCAGCUAGAUAUGGAACAGUGGAAUCUGAGUCUUUUAGGAGACAAUUCAAUUCUGCUCCUUUGAAAAUGGGAAGAAAAAGGAAUUUCUGGCAGAGGUUGAGAGUUCUUUCAAGUGGCAGCAUGAGUGAACAUAGUUUUUCAUCAAAAACAUGAUGAAAACUUUUAGCCACAAACAUUAAGUCCUACAUUAUAUUAGAACAUAUAAUUGUUGUUCAGUGUUCUUGUUCAUGGAGUUAUCUUAUUUUGUCUGUAGAUAUUACCAUAAGAAGAUUUGAACCUGACAAUUUGUAGUAUUUUUUCAGUUCCAGAUGAUUUAAAAUGUCCAUUUUAUGUACUUCCCUCUCUACUUUAAAAGGAAAACUUAAUGUGGGACUAAAACUUUGUAGUUCCUCUUUCUUAAUGAGAAAUUCAUCUUAUUUUGUAA